AUGUCAGGUCCGAAGGAGGAUAUCAGAGUGGACGGGGAUAAGGGAGGAGAGGGAUGGAAGUUGGCUAACCUUGGUUACCCAUUUCUUUUUCCCAUUCAUUCCUUGGCCUUCUUCUCUGCCCUCCUUGUCCUGACACUGUCAUAUCCAUACAAUCCUGACCUCCGCUCCGGGCUCCCAGAACUCCGAACUCCGACUUCCGGAGCCCUACUUCCCUUCCGUCACCUUAUCCUUGCCGACUCCCAAGAGGUUAUCCCACCUCCGGCUCAGACACCACCUUCGGUCCGACUCCGGAACAUUCCGGGUCCGACCCCAACCUCGACACCUUCCAGACGAGUACGCAAAACCUAUGCUCCUGACUCCGGACCUCCGCUCCGGUAUCCCGUUCAUGUCUCGUCUUCGGAACCUCCGGUCUUAGUUCUGACCUCGGACUUUGACCCCACCUCCGCUUAUACCCAUUGUAUUGGUUAG